UAUACUUAUAGUUAUAUAGCACCGGUUACAAUGACAAGAGAACUGAAGCCGCUGCUAUUGGCGGCUUCAUUAGCGCUGCUGCUGGGCGCUGCGAGCGCUAUAAAGGUUAGGGACCCUCUGAGCGGUCGCGAGGGCUACCAGCACCCAGGAGUGGGCCGACGCAGGCUCGCUGCAGGCACUUGCGGAGGAUUCUCUGCAUGCCCGACGGCCACCCAAGCCGCCCAGAUGAUUGUGGGCACCAAUCCGGACCUCACCGUUAGCAAUGCCAUCUUUUCCAAGGGCGUCUGCUCUUCCACCCAGGCCCAGUGGGGCAUUAUCCAACCCACGGCUUGGAAUAGUGGUCAUGAAAUGGCAUCCUGGUUCCCGAAAGGUGCCUUUGUAAUGAGCUCUGGAGACGCAAGUGCCGGUAACUGCGUUUCCAACACCCUUGACUAUUACACCAUGCUUAUCGGCGGCGGUGGUGAUGCUAACCUCAACAGCCUCAUUCCAGCUUACACGACGUACGAUGCCGUCGCGCUCGAGUUCACAGUCACCGCGCUCAAGGACGGCUUGCUUGUCUUUAAAUAUGCUUUUGGAAGUGACGAAUACACGGAGUGGGUGGGCACCGCUUUCAACGACGUCUUCGGCUUCUUCAUCGCGCCAGCCGGCCAGGCCAUCACCACCGGACACAACGUCGCAGUUGUCAAGGGCACCGCCAACACACAGGUUUCCAUCAACAAUGUCAACCAGCACAGCCACACGGAGCUCUGGAACAACAACAAGCUGGGCACCGGGGCAAACAAGAAGCUCGAGGCCGACGGCUACACCAACCUGCUCAACACGCAGGGCUACCCGGUCACAGCGGGGCAGCAGUACUCCUUCAAGCUCGCCAUCGCAGAUGCAGGCGACCAGAUCCUGGACUCCUGGGUGUGGAUUGCGGGUGACUCGCUGCAGGUGGACGACCGGCCCGUCGCCAAUAACACCGACAGCACUCCAAACUGUACGACAAAGGUGAUCACUCUAAACGCAACUACAUCCUACGACCUGGAUGUUGACGACAUCCUGGCGUACACCUGGACCCUGAAGGCGCCCUGCUACCCCACCGUCACCGCCACGGGAGCUGUCGCCAAGAUCAACCUAGCCCAGCUUGCUGACGGCGUCACCUACACCGCCACCCUCACUGUCACCGAUUCGAGCGACGUAGAGGACAGCAAGACCUUCCCCCUGCCCGUGCCCGCGGGUUGCGGCGGCGUCAACAUCCCCACCACAUGUGGCAGUGUGGUCAAGGGAGCCCCACUCACGCCCUUUGCGCCGCCACCGCCGCCGCCACCACCGCCGCCGCCGACGCCUGUGGGUCAAGUGAACGUGGAGGCCGGGUCAGCUGCUGUGGUGGAGUGUGGGGGCUCGUUGUUCAUGACCAUUGGUGCGGCAGCCGACGAGGCACUGCAGCUGAUUGCCAGCAACUACGAUUUCGCGGGUGGUUACACGGUGUACUACAUCUGGCAGCUGUACGACAUCUUGGAUCCUAGCUUCGACAACCCGCUUGCCAGCGUCACCACCACCGAGCCCUUUGUGUACUUCAGCUCGGCUGAUCUGGGCUCCGAUGGCCGUUCGUUGAAGAAGUACAAGGUGUUGGUCGAUGUUACUGAUUCUGACCAGUGGGACAGCGGCAACGGCAAAAUCAGUGACACCCAGACCUUCGUGCAAGUCCUGCAGUGCCCCAUCCAGCCAGCCGACCCGCUGCCUGUGGUCGCAUUCGACAGUGUAGCAAGCCCGGAGUCCUUCACCGUAGAUUGCGGCGCCGUUAUUGUGUUGGAUGCCACUGCGGCUUUCAACUGGGCAGCUGCCAAGUACGGCAGCAGUGGCAAGACGCGCAUCUUCCGUUGGCAGUUGGUUUCUGGAGACGGUGUGGUGGCACUGACGUUUGACUCGAACACCGCCAAGACCAACUUCGAUGGCCCGGCGCUUGCCUGGGCGGGUACCAUCAACGCUGGAUCGUUCUACACGUUGCUGCUCAAGGUUUAUAUUGACGGACAUGACUUUGACAACGACAACUGGGAAACCAAGAUGUCGGUUGUGCCAGGCUGCCCAGAGCCAGUCGCCAACCCGCCGCCUCCGCCCAGCCCUCCUUCCCCUCCGCCGCCGCCCAACCCCAAGCCCCCGAAAUCCCCUCCCCCGCCGCCGCCAUCUCCCAGGCCCAAGCCACCUACCUCCAGCCCGCCUCCGCCACCCAGCCCCAAGCCUCGCAGCCCUCCUCCACCCAGUCCGCCCCCGCCGCCGCCACCCAAAAGCCCCCCUCCCCCUCCACCACCCAGCCCCAAGCCGCCGCCUCCCCCGAGCCCAAAGACCUCGAGCCCUCCCCCUCCACCUCCCCCUAGCCCCAAGCCGCCUCCACCUCCUAGCCCCAAGCCGCCUCCACCUCCCAGCCCCAAGCCCUCCAGUCCUCCCCCUCCCCCACCUCCCAGCCCCAAGCCCCCCAGUCCUCCCCCUCCUCCUCCCCCCAGCCCAAAGCCGGCCCCACCACCUCGCCCCAAGCCGCCUCCACCUCCUAGCCCCAAGCCGCCUCCACCUCCUAGCCCUCCACCACCUUCCAGUCCCAAGCCUACCAGCCCUCCCCUACCACCACCCGCCAUCAAGCUACCCACCCCGCCGCCCCCUAAAAAGAAAACCGGUUAAAUGCCCCAACGAUUUUGACUUUGGCAUAUGGCAACAUCGAUGGCACGAUGAGCAGCGGACCGCAGGGCUGCAGCACGGACUGCCAACAACGUGAUUCAAUGCACGAGGAAAUUGAAGCCGACGAAAAAUGAAAUCUAAGAGGAUGUCUCCUUAAGCCCAUGGAUAAUACAUGCUUGCACGCAGAGCCUCGCAGAUCCUUUGUCGUACUGCGUUCAACAGAUGCGCAUACAUGGUCAUGCACCAUCCGUGCUCAACAAAACACAGGGGGAUUUAUUACUGCCAUUUGCGCUCGCAUACAUUUGUAUUCGGCCAACGUGUUGACUUGGAACGCUGUCUCGCAUGCCAUACGCGCUUGGUCUUGAUCCCCUUUCCAACAUAGCAUCUGCCGGUGUGCCUGCGUGCAAGCUCGUGCGCAUGUGCACAAGCUCGAUAUAAUUGGACACGGAUGAGGAACUCCUUCCGGAUGUGUACGAACGAUGGGGAAGCAUAGGCGGUGGGAGAGUGAAAAAUGCGUGGUGGCAGAGUUGGGGGGCCUCGAUGUGCGUCGUAAAAGUAUGUUGGCAGCGUGCGACUUGCCGAGUAUCGGCAGGACCUUAUCCUCCGUGGCGAGAUGUUGGUCGAGAUUGCGUCUUGCAGCCUUAUUCAACCUUCUAGGGGCAAGUUUCCGGUGUUGCGGUUGCAUUAUGUGCACCAGUAUGUUCGCAUUUGUCGAAGCACGAGGCGUUGUCAUGAGAAUUGCAACAGGUGGCAUAAAGGCUUUCACGGUUUUGCUUCUGACUGGAGUUUCUAUUCCCUAACAGCGCUUUAAUGAGUGUUGCCGGUGAGGCUGUUAAAGCGGUUAGGCUUUGUCAUACGUUUGGAUCAGUUGCUCGCUUACCGGUUAUGCUUAGCUAAUAAUGCUGCGAGGCCAAGUAAGACUCUUUCUCUCCUGUCAACAAGGGUCGCACCACCAGGGCCCUUCAUGCUCGCACGUCUGGAAGGUCAGCAACAGCCCCUUCCCUCUUCUGUAACCUGUACCUCUGCC